AUGAGCAGAGAUACCGAGAUGACAAAAGUUUAUCGAUGUGACAGUCCCCGUCUUGAACGUGGCCAACCUGGGCGGGAGCUUACUGCGUCUGCGAGGCAACGUGCUCGGAUAUCUCUGGGCAGGAUCAGACUUCAAAUAUCUUCGAUUUAUCGCAACACAGCACGAUCUACCCUUCUACUAUCCGGAAGAAGUGGAGGUUCAAAAAGCUUCCUCGAUGCUUGGCUUAAAGGGGAUGAUCGAGAAGGGUGGACCGAGAAGGAGGCUGUUCCGGUAAUUGACCUGGUUCUUCGGCAGGAAAAUGUUGGAUAUAAUAAUCCACAGGCGGAGAAAACAUUCCUUCGUCGAAAGGAGAAUGAAUGGCCACUUGCCAGGACAAUAUACACGCCAUUUUAUCUGACAGCAAAGAGCACACUCCAAUGCGAUCGACUGGAACAGCAGCAACUCCCCACCAAAUUAACUUACCGAGCACUUGGUAAGGGAAGACCUGGAGAUAUAUUGACAUUUAUGUCAGCGUCAUUUGGCUCGCACACCGAGGUCACCGGGCAUAUUACGGCUCACCUCAAUGUCUCCAUUAGCAGAGGUCGAUGGGGAGAUUCUCCAUCUGAUUUGAAUUUAUUCCUCACGCUGUAUCAUCUGUCACCAUCCGGCGAGGAAAUCUUUUACACCUACACCGAUUCCGCUGGGGAGCCCGUUUCUGUGAUCAAGGGCUGGCUUCGAGUUUCUCUCCGCAAACCCAAUCCUCAGCACCCCCAUCAUCGUGCUUGGCUACCGUAUCGCGACUUCUAUUUUACGGAUGUUCUUCCUGUAGUUUCAAGCGACGUUUACCCCGUUGAAGUGGAACUUUGGCUGACAAAUGUGGUUGUUGAGUCAGGAGGACGGCUGGCAUUGGAAGUGAGCUCAGGAGACACUUCAGGUACUGGAUUCUGGGGCCAUGAUGGCCCUUUUGAUAGAUCGGAUGAUAUCUUCAAAGGCCAGAAUCACAUUCACUUUGGUCCCCACUAUGUCAUUUACAUCACUUUGCCUAUCAUUCCUGCGAGAUAG